CUCGUUUUGUACUCUCUGAAUGAACGCACGGCUUGUUCUACUCUGCGCGUUGGGGCUUUGCCUUGUCGUCGCCGUGACAGCUCAAGUCAUUCCUGAGGACGGUUUUCAAGAGGCGACCUAUGUCCAGGAUAUCACGGAGCCUGUCAAGCUGGUCUUUGCGCCGGAUGGAUCUGUCUGGCUCGCCGAAAAGGGUGGCAGAAUCCGGUACUGGCCGACCGCCAUCACGGAUCCUUCCAACCCCGGUUUGGUGAUUGCAGACCUGCGCACCAAAGUCUUCAAUUGGUGGGAUCGUGGAUUGCAAAGCAUUGUGCAUCAUCCUGCGUGGCCUGCGCAGCCCUACCUGUACGUGCUCUACUCUGCUGACAACAAACUCGGGAGCCCUCCGCCCCUCUAUUCCGACCAGUGCGACUACGACGUGCUUUGCGAGGGCAGUGCUGUGCUGGCACGACUCAAGUUUGACCUGUCUGUGCCGGAACUGGUCGAAGAAGUCAAUCUGAUUAACGAUUGGUGCUCGACCAGCCCUUCUCAUCACACUGGCGACAUGUUCUUUGGCCCUGAGGGUGCGCUGCAUGUGCUGGUCGGCGACUCUGCCCAUUUUGACUUUGUCGAUUACGGUCAGAACGAGCGCGACACUUGCCAGUCUCGCCUUCCCGCUGGAACGCAGUAUGGCGGCGCAUUCAAGUCGCAAAUCACCAGCAUUCUCACUGGUCACCUGUUGCGUCUCGAUCCAAUGACGGGUGCCGCGUGGCCACAAAACCCAGCCCGAAACAUGGCAGGGUACGACCCUCGCAUUGCUGCCAUUGGCAUCCGCAACGGCUUUCGCGCAACCAUUGACAAGGUGUCCAACGACAUCUGGAUUGGCGACGUUGGCUGGGCCGAUUGGGAAGAGGUGAACGUCAUCCGCGCCGGAACGCUCGAUGCCAAAGUCCCAAACCUCGGGUGGCCGUGCUACGAAGGCAGCAACGUCCAACCGAGCUAUCAAGCCCUCAGAGGACAGCUCUGCACCGCCUUGUACAAUGCUGGAGCAGCUGCGCACCACAAACCAUUCUACAGCUACAAGCACAAUGACCGCAACUUUGCCGGAGUGCCGACUGAUCCCACGCUGGGCAGCUCCGUCACUGGCGUUGCCGUCAACCGCGGCUCCAAGUUUCCGACCCGGUUUAACGGCGCCUUGUUUGUGGCUGAUUUUUCUCGCGAAGUCAUCUUCACCUUCAAAGCUGGCGCGGACGGAAAGCCGAGCGCUACGAGCAUUGAGCCCUUCCGCUCAUCCGCCAGCGGUGUGUGCGAUCUUGUCUUUGGUCCAGACGGUGCGCUCUACUGGAUCUCGAUCUUUGGCGGGUACAUUAAGCGGGUGUCCUUCAGCAACGGAGCAAACCAGCCUCCGAUCGCAAGGCUGACGGCGUCUCCUGGCACCACCUCCGCCACUGUUCCAUUUGUAGUAACAUUCGAUGCACAAAGCAGCUCCGACCCUGACGGCGAUGCUCUCGUGUACGAUUGGGAUUAUGGGCAAGGAUUCCAGGAUGCCAACGGCCACGCCUCGACUCGCACCCGAACUUUCAGCACAGCCGGCUCGUACAUUACUCGCGUUCGUGUCACGGAUCCUCAGGGUCUCACCAACAUUUACGGUCUGUCCAUUUCGGCUGGAGUGAACUACCAAGUGACGAUUGAUGCCCCGAAUGCCAUGACGGCGCUCUUUGUGCCUGGAACCAACAUCCCCUUCAGCGGCCGCGUCACCGAAACCAUUCGAGGCGAGGUCGUGCCAGCUUUGCAGCUCACCUGGACUGUCACGAUCCAGCACUGCCCCAGCAUCCCCGGCGAAUGCUUGCCCGACGGCACGCGCGCACCCAGUCCAGUCAACUGCCACACGCACCCGUACGUCAGCUUGCCCGGCGUGACAAGUGGGACAGUGUCUGCACCUGCGCACGAGUACCCUGCUUGGUUGACCUUCCAGCUGGCAGCCUCCAUUCCGCAAGGUGGCUCGACUCCCUUGACCGUCGCACAGCAGCUCGAGUAUCUGCCGUUGACUGGAUUUUUGGAGGUGGAUUCCGUUCCCUCAGGCCUCAAGAUGAUUGUUGGAUCGACCGUCUGCAUCACUCCCUGUCGCAAGCAGCUCAUGCGCAAUGCACCGACGAGCAUCAGCGCUCCAGACAACCAAGACCAACCGUCCAGUCCAGGCGCUGGCCAAGUGUACAAGUUUGCGAGAUGGUCGGAUGAUGCUUCCAAGCCAGCCACUCGCACCGAAGAUGUGCCGUCCAGCGAACCUCAACUGCGGCUCGUUGCCGUUUUCAACCUGGAAGCUCGCCCUGCUGGUUAUACCGACACACUUACGCUGGAUCCUGCAAACCUUCCGUGUCCCACCGCACCGGCAACGUCUGCACCUACAGCAACAUCGACUGCCCCAGCACCUCAACCAUCUGGAUGCUCAUCUGCUGUAAAGACGCGGCUCUUGGCUGAAGCAUGGAACUCGAUUUUCGAUGAACGCCGUUUGCGAGUGUCCUUGGUUUGCCCGGCCAACUAACUGCUGAAUGUCUGUCAAUAAAGUAUGCAUGGUUAGCACCCCGCUCAACCUUUGGAGAGGUCUAUUCCGAC